GGACGCUGCGUGACAAGCAGAGGCUGCGAUGGGGCUGAUAGCGUCCUUGGGGGCGGGUCUGCGUGACUGGAGGCGGGUCGCAGCGGGGACGGGGACUGGGAGCCGCCGGCUCGGGUUUGGGGGUGGAUGCUGUCUUCCCCCAUCUCAGAAGGAACUGGAGUAGUCUGGAGCCAUGCCACCGCCCGUGGACAUUGUGAAAGUGGCUGUUGAAUGGCCUGGAGCCAAUGCCCAGCUGCUUGAAAUAGACCAGAAAAGGCCCCUGGCGUCUGUUAUCAAGGAGGUCUGUGAUGGGUGGUCGCUGCCAAACCCUGAAUACUAUACCCUGCGAUAUGCAGAUGGGCCCCAGCUGUACAUCACAGAACAGACUCGCUGUGACAUUAAAAAUGGGACCAUCCUGCAGCUGGCUGUCUCCCCGUCCAGGGCAGCACGACAGCUGAUGGAGAGGACCCAGUCACACAGUAUGGAGGCCCGACUGGAUGCCAUGAAGGAACUGGCUAAAUUGUCUGCAGAUGUGACCUUUGCCACAGAGUUCAUCAACAUGGAGGGCAUCACAGUGCUGACGCGGCUGGUGGAAAGUGGCACCAAGCUUCUGUCCCAUUACAGCGAGAUGCUGGCGUUCACCCUGACUGCCUUCCUGGAGCUCAUGGACCAUGGCAUCGUCUCCUGGGACAUGGUUUCAAUAACCUUCAUCAAACAGAUUGCAGGAUACGUGAGUCAGCCCCUGGUGGAUGUCUCUAUUCUUCAGCGAUCCCUAGCCAUCCUAGAGAGCAUGGUGCUGAACAGCCAGACUCUGUACCAGAAGAUAGCGGAGGAGAUAACUGUGGGGCAGCUCAUCUCUCACCUCCAGGUCUCAAACCAGGAGAUUCAGACGUAUGCCAUUGCCCUGAUCAAUGCCCUCUUCCUGAAGGCGCCUGAGGACAAGAGACAGGACAAGCUCCUUAACCCGCUAGACCUGCCUGUUACUGAAAUGGCUAAUGCGUUUGCCCAGAAGCACCUGAGGUCUAUAAUCCUGAAUCAUGUGAUCAGAGGAAACCGCCCAAUCAAAACAGAAAUGGCGCAUCAGCUGUACGUGCUGCAGGUCCUGACCUUUAACCUCCUGGAAGAGCGGAUGAUGACCAAGAUGGAUCCCAAUGAUCAGGCACAAAGAGACAUCAUAUUUGAGCUGAGAAGAAUCGCUUUUGAUGCAGAGUCUGAUGGCAACACCGUACCUGGGGGCGGGACAGAGAAACGCAAAGCCAUGUACACAAAGGACUACAAGAUGCUGGGAUUCACUAAUCACAUCAAUCCAGCCAUGGACUUUACCCAGACUCCCCCAGGGAUGCUGGCUUUGGACAACAUGCUCUACUUGGCCAAAUUCCAUCAGGACACCUACAUAAGGAUUGUCCUGGAAAACAGCAGUCGGGAGGACAAGCAUGAGUGCCCGUUCGGGCGCAGCGCCAUUGAGCUCACCAAGAUGCUGUGUGAAAUCCUGCAGGUUGGGGAGCUCCCCAAUGAGGGCCGGAACGACUACCACCCCAUGUUCUUCACCCAUGACCGAGCAUUCGAGGAGCUCUUUGCCAUCUGCAUCCAGCUGCUAAACAAGACCUGGAAGGAGAUGAGAGCAACGGCAGAGGAUUUCAACAAGGUGAUGCAGGUUGUACGUGAGCAGAUCACCCGGGCUCUGCCCUCCAAACCCAACUCCUUGGACCAGUUCAAGAGCAAGCUGCGCAGCCUAAGCUACUCUGAGAUCCUGCGGCUGCGCCAGUCUGAGAGAAUGAGCCAAGAUGACUUUCAGUCACCACCCAUUGUGGAGCUGAGAGAGAAAAUCCAGCCUGAGAUCCUGGAGCUGAUAAAACAGCAGCGUCUGAACCGGCUGUGCGAGGGAAGCAGCUUCCGGAAAAUUGGGAAUCGCAGGAGACAAGAGAGAUUCUGGUACUGUCGUCUGGCUCUGAACCACAAGGUUCUACACUACGGAGACCUGGAAGACAAUGCCCAAGGCGAAGUGACCUUCGAGUCGCUGCAGGAAAAGAUCCCUGUAGCAGACAUCAAGGCCAUCGUCACAGGGAAGGACUGUCCACACAUGAAGGAGAAAAGUGCACUGAAGCAGAACAAGGAAGUGUUGGAAUUGGCCUUCUCGAUAUUGUAUGAUCCUGAUGAGACACUGAACUUCAUUGCACCUAAUAAGUAUGAGUACUGUAUCUGGAUCGAUGGACUCAAUUCCCUCCUAGGGAAGGACAUGUCCAGUGAGCUAACCAAGAGUGACCUGGACACGCUGCUGAGCAUGGAAAUGAAGCUGAGACUCCUGGACCUGGAGAAUAUCCAGAUCCCUGAGGCCCCACCACCCAUCCCCAAGGAGCCCAGCAGCUAUGACUUUGUCUAUCACUAUGGUUGACACAGGCAGAACUGGACAGGGGAGGAAGGGACAGCUACUGCUGAAAAGAGACUCAGAACCCUGGAGAUUGUUCGGAGAUUGGCAUCAUGUCCUUUGUUUGUACAGGACGAGUUCUGAACAUGGCAACCAUUGAUUGCUAAUCUCUCUAUGCCCCAGCCAUUCCAGUAGGCCUGCAACUUCUUGUUUACCCACCUCAUUAUGGGGUGAGAGUCACAAUGCUGGGGUGCCAUAUGGGGGAGGUACCCCAUUCUCAACAGCAACACUGUAUGGCACUAGGUGAGGAAUAUGCCUAGCAAGAGGAGGAGCUUCUUCCCUGGCCACAGGAUUGGCAUCCACCCUUGUAUCCCAGAACUGUUGAGUCUCCAUUCAAUCCCACCUUCUACCAGAAACCAUAAUAAAAUCAUUGAGUGACUGACAGCUGCUGCAGCAGAAAAUGGUGCAAAGAGGGAGUCCCUUGGUCGCUACAGGAGUGACACUGGUGCCUGAGGGAUGAGAGCAGAAGCCAAUGAACAGUUGGGGGUCAGCAUCCCCCAGUAACUCAUUAUUGUAUGAUUUUUAUAUGAAUUACCAUAAUAUAAAUAACAAUCCUUACCAUA